AUGGAAGGUUUCAAUGCCACAAUAUUUGCAUAUGGCCAAACAUCUUCUGGCAAAACACACACAAUUUUGGGCAAUGAAACAGAUCCUGGGCUUUUCCAAUUAGUAUCCAAUCAGUUAUUCCAGCAUGUGGCAGACCAGGUUGAUAAGAGGUACUUGAUUAGAUGCAGUUAUAUUGAAAUCUACAAUGAAAAGAUCAAUGACCUCCUGGAUAAGAGCAAUCAGGGUUUAACUAUAAGAGAAGAUAUCAAAGGAAAUGUGCUGCUUGAUGCAAGGGAACCUGUCGUAGACAAUGUUGAUAAAGUUAUGGAGAACAUGAUGCAGGGCAAUAAGAUCAGACGGGUUGCAGCUACUCGCAUGAAUGAGAGGUCAUCUCGAUCACACACGAUUUUCCGGAUUAUUCUGGAGUCGAAAGAUGCCAAUCAGAAAGAUGGCUGUACAUAUAAGCUACCUUAA